ACACUCCCACGCCCACUACAAGACGUGAGGGCGGCCUGGAUACACCCGCGCACCAUGCCCAUGCCGCCCACGACCCGCCUGCCCAAGGAAAUUAAGGAGAAGUGAACGCAAGGAGAAGAAACGCGAAUAGUAAUAAUAACGAGCUGGAAUUUGUGAUGUCGGGAAUGAGUGGCACUGGGUGGAAAUGAUGUUUAUGUGGCACUAGUGACACAGCUGAGGUGGAGGGAGAGGGAAGGUCAGGUGGAAGAGGGAAGUGGAAGUCUUAAUCGUCAAAAAUUUCCUCAAUCAAAGUGGAAUAAGAAAAAAAAAGAAAAAAAGGCGAGAAUCUGUGAAAAAAGUGAAUUAAGUAAGGAAAAACUCACUCAUAAGGAAAAUUAGAGAGAAAAAGAAAAAAAUAAAGAAAACACUCGAAAUGCUAUCUUCUUCCGUGUGAGACAGGAAAGAUAUCCCUUCCCUUAUCUUAUCUUAUCUUCCACACAUAACAAAAUACACUACAAAUUAACCAAAACAGGGGUAGUGUUGAAGGAAGGAAGGAAGGAAGGAGAGAAAGAAGGAAUGAAGCAAAGAAAAUAAAGAACGAAAUAAAAGUGAAAUAAAACAACUAAACAAGACUCGUUUUGAAAGAAGGGAGAAAGAAGAAAGCAAAGAAGAGUGAGACAAGAUACACAAUAAGGUGUAUAUGUGAAUAAAGAUGGAGGAGAGGACACACGAGGUGGAUGAAGAGGAAAGAAAGAAAGGUGAGAUGCCCCGGAACCACCGCGCACAGGUGGCUUCGCCAGUACUGCUACAAGCGGACCUAUCGUGCACGCCGCUAGUGGACAGCUCGGAGGAGGAAGGCAUGGAUUUAGUACUCUUUGACACACGUGUGGAUUACGAAACUACUCGCUCCCGCUCCCACACCACCCUCAGCGGCUCUCCACGUCUCCAGGAUCUGCGGCAGGAACUCCUGGAGGCGUGUGAGAGGGAAGGAGAGCCGGCGCACACUUGCUACGAAAUGGACGUUGAACUAGAGUCUCCGCAUGCCGGUGAAGACCAAGGGCGUGAGGGAAUGCGUCUAGGCAGCCACCAGAACCUCCAAGCGCAGCAGUACCCAAGAAAGUCCUCCGUCAGCACCGUGUUCAGGGCCCUCAAGUGCAUCGAAGGGGAGGAACUGGCGCAGGAGGACUUGACAAUGAUGCCCCUUGAAGUACCUCGCAUCCCGCGCUCCACUCACCGAGCUCCACCUGGCUACGCCUCCCUCAAUCGUGCCACUAUCGACUACUGAACUUUGUUAAACUAAGGAAUUGUCUCUCCUGUAGAAACAUGUAGGUUUUUAUUAUCUAUUAACUUAUUGUAGAGAGAGAGAGAGAGAGAGAGAGAGAGAGAGAGAGAGAGAGAGAGAGAGAGAGAGAGAGAGAGAGAGAGACGCUCAUAAUUAUGUAACAACCUCACCUAAUUUAAUCUAACGUAACGUAACCCAACCUCGUCAGCUUACCUCAAUGAACAUAGCAAAUAAUGGAACAAAAAUACGAGUAGUACAUUAUAAGAUAAAGGCAAUAUAUAUAAAUCAAUAUAUAAAUGACCAAAUGAAUAUAUGAUUAGAGAAAAAAUAAAGGAAUAAAUGAAA